UUAGAAAAGACAAAAUUAAUUUACAUUACAAAACAAGACAUCCUAAUAGUGAUGUAAAGUUUGAGGUAAUAGCAAUUAAAAAAGAUAAGGUUUGGAACAAACUUGGUCCAAAUGCAAAUAAUCUCAAAAUAACUAAUGGAAUCAAUACUCAAUUUAAAAAAAAUAAAUCAAUUGCAACAUAUUUUCAAAAGUGAUCAAUAUAUAAUUUUAAACACUUUUAAGGAAAUUGACUCUCCAUUAGAUACUCUUAAGAUAAAUCUACCACAACCAUUACAUAAUAUUAUCACACUAAAUCAAGAUGAAGAAGUUUUUUUAAGUAUUUAUACUAUAAUUUAUUCAUUUGAUCUAAAGAAAACUUAUAAUAUGGAGACUGCAUUCAUUUUUAAGGACAAACAAUCUCAUUUAGAUGCUCCCUAUCCAGAAAUUAUUCCAUUCUUAGAUGAUGAAACAUGGAAAAUCGAAAAUAUGCCUAGAAGUUCUAAUUUAGACAACCCAGAAAAAAUAUCUGGAAAUUUAUCAACAAUUAAAGAAGGUAAAAAUGAUGAUAUUGAUAUGCAAGCAUUAGAAUCAAUUUAUAUAGAUAAAUUACCAAACAAAGCUAAAAUAACUCCUUUAUCAUAUGAAGAUAAUGAAGAAAAUAUUAUUUCUUUAUAUAGGGAAAAGAAUGGUUAAUGAUGCUUACUACCAAGUGAAUGUAUGGAAAUAUUCUAAAUACCAACCUAAUUUGCUAAAUACCGACCAAAAUUUAU